AGCCGUUCGUGCCACCCCUGGACUGCGGCGGUGACGACGCUCAGGCCGCGGGGCGGGAGCUGCCCCUGGUCCUGCGCCAGAUUUUGGCCGCCUGCGCUCUUCCCGAACUUUUGGAGUCUCCCGUUCUCCCCGAGGCCGUGCGGGACCGGGCCCGGAGCAUCCUGCGGGAAAUGGAUUCCGGGAAUAUCGGGGGAUACAACCAUGAGCACCGAUCCCACGGCGUUCCCGGCAGGAUCUCCCGGUUCCUGGAAUUCCGGGAUGGAUUCCCCUGCGAUCCCGGGAACAUCAUCCUGUGCAGCGGCACCGCCACCAUGAUCCCGUUCGUGCUGUCUCUGUUCUCUCUGCCUCCCCCGGCCCUUCCCGCGGGUGUUCUGGUGCCGGUCCCGGGCCCGCCGGUUCUGCGGGAGGCCGCGCUCCUGGCGGGGGCGGUUCCGGUUCCGUACGCGCUCUCCGAGCCCCGGGGUUGGGUCCCGGACGAGGCCGGGCUGCUCCGGGAGCUGCGGGGGGCGCGGGGCCGGUGCCGCCCGCGGGUUCUCUGCGUGGUCAAUCCCGGGGACCCCACCGGCCAGGUGCUGAGCCCGGAGCUCCUGGCGGGGCUGGCGCGCCUGGCGGCGGCGGAGGGGCUGCUGCUGCUGGGCCACGAGGUGAGGGAAUGA